AUGUUUAGAAGCGAAGAUCGUAAGAAGGAAUACAAAAAGAUUUUUGAGGACCCUCGGAGAAAGAGGGAAGAUAUCCAAUCCCAGAUAAGGAAACAAAUACGUGAUAAAAAUUUACAAAAAAGAAGAUCACAAGGUCGACCAGGAGAUCAGGAGGAUUUACUUGACCAAUCACUCCAGACUUCCACCUUGGAUUCUCAAAAUGACGAAGUCAGGGAUCUAGACAGGGAAUCUAUACUAAAUAACGAUUAUUGGUCACCUUCAGCACUUGCGCCUUAUGUGAAUGGCCUUAAAUCCUCAGAUUACAGCACACAGCUAAAAUGUACUCAACACUUUCGCAAGCUCCUGUCACUUGAGCUUGACCCUCCUAUAGAACAUAUCGUCAACACUGGCGUAGUUCCCAUUUUCGUUGAAUUCUUGACCAGAUACGACGCCCCUGAACUCCAAUUUGAAGCUGCCUGGGCUAUUACUAACAUUGCCUCUGGCAAUCAACAACAAACCAAAGUAGCAACUGAUAACGGUGCUGUUCCUAAAUUAAUAGCGCUUCUGGAAGCGCCUAAGGAGGAUGUGAGAGAGCAGGCGAUUUGGGCAUUGGGAAAUAUCGCAGGUGACUCUGCUGAAUGUCGUGACCUGGUCCUUAGUCUUGGUGCCUUAAAGCCCUUGCUUUACCUUAUGGCAAACUCUCAGAAGGAUAGUGUAUUAAGAAAUGCUACAUGGACCAUUUCCAACCUUUGUAGAGGUAAACCCAAGCCAUUCUUCGAUGACAUAAGACCCGCAAUACCAUACUUGGCAAAAUUAAUAGAACACCCCGAUUCAGAAGUAUUAACAGAUGCUUGUUGGGCUUUAUCGUAUAUCUCUGACGGAUCUGAGGAGCAUAUUCAGGCAGUUUUGGAUUCUGGAGCAUGUCCAAGACUAAUACAGCUUAUGGAUCAUGUUUUACCAGUAAUUCAAACACCAUCUUUGCGUACAAUUGGAAACAUCGCUACUGGAAAUGACAGGCAGACUCAGGUUAUAGUUGAUUCAGGCUGUAUCCCCAUCUUGUACAAACUUUUAUUUUCUGAGAAAAAAACCAUAAAAAAGGAGGCCUGUUGGACUCUUUCCAAUAUUGCCGCAGGCACAAGGUCACAAAUCGAGUCAUUCUUACAAUCAGAUGUUGUAGAAAAACUUAUUGAACUCAUGUCUUGCAAUGACUUUGAUAUUCAACGGGAAGCAAGUUGGGCGAUUUGCAAUGCGGCAUCAGGCGGUGAUCUUAAACAGGCUGACAAUCUCGCCUCAAGAGGAUGUAUCAAACCUAUUUGCUCUAUUCUAACUUCUACAGAUACUAAGUUAAUUGGAGUUGCCUUAAGAGCUCUAGAAAAUAUACUGACAGUUGGUCAACACAUUAUGGACAUAAACAGCUUAUCUUCAAAUCCAUACGCUUCUGUAGUUGAAGAGUGUGAUGGAAUUCGAUCUUUGGAUGUUUUACAAGAAAGCAAAUUGACUGCGAUUUAUAAAAAGUCAAGGAAUAUACUUCAAAGAUUCUUUCCUGAUGACUAUGUAUUCAAUGAAGAUGAAUUUACAAAUACUAGCGAUCAGUUCAAUACCAUCGUCCCUGAAGGAGGGUUUCAGUUUUAA